AUGAGGAUCUUGCUUUAUGGCUGGCAACUGCUGCCCCAGUUGUACACUCUCUGCAAGGAGCAGCACUUCUGUGACUGCACUAUCUUCAUUGGGAAUGUGCAUUUUAGAGUGCACAAGGUGGUUUUGGUUCCUGCCAGCCUGCUGUGUAAAUCCAUGUUGGACAGCACAGACACCAUCUCCAUUGAUGCUUCUGUGGUAAAAUCUGAGAAGUUUCCAGUCUUACUUGAGAUUAUGUACAGUGGCAAACUCCCACUGGGGAAACACAAUUUCAUGAAAGAAAAUUUCACAGCGAUAACUGUGGCAGGUAGUCUGCAGAUGUUUGAUGUGGCUGUUCGUUGCAAAAACCUCCUCAGGGAUCUCAUAAGUUGUUCUGCUCAGGACCAGGUAGCGAAAGGAGUCUCCAGCCAGGAAGCAGAUUCAUCUGGAAACCAAGCUGCAGCUAAUUACCUGCCCCAGUCUGGAAGACCUGAUGAAGAAAAAACAUUUAUCAUCCUCACUCAGAGAGUUUCUCCUUUCCCUAUAGAAGCAGAAAUGGAAGAAAGUGUUUCUCCUCCUGGCCAGGAACUUACCGUGAGUCAUACCUGGGUUCAUCAGGACACAAUGUCGAGUGACUCCAGGUCCCUCCAGGAGGAUUCAGGCUCUGGCCCUGACCAGCCUGCCCAUGCUGAGUAGAGUGGCUGUAUGGAUGAGGAGCUUGCUGAGCUGCCAGAGGGGAAAGGGCAAUCAAGGGACUUAGCAGCAGAGAGCAAAAAUAAAAUGGAUUUCUUUGCUUGAUCUGAAAAUGUUUUCUCUGAGGCUCUUUCUGAUGCCCAGGUUGUGCUGAAAAGACUUGAAGAGUGCAGAGAAAUUGAUGCCUCUCAAAAGGAGGGUAUGGCUGCCUGUCUGGCCAAGGCAGAGGAACAUUCAGUGUUCAAGAAGCUUCUGGGCAAAGUUAAGGAUGCUCACACCCAGGAUAGUGACACUCAGGAUGCUUGGCCCCUGGACACUCAGACCCUCGUGUCUUUUCUGAAGCUGUUUCAAGACACGAAUCCUGAGCUGAGAGCGGCUUUGCCAGAGAGGGAGGAGGAGCUGAUCCAGAGUGUGACACAGCUGAGCCCCGUCACAGUUUUGGAGGCAGCAGAAGAGGGAUUCCUUACUGCCUCAGAAAAGACCAAUCUGAAAGCCUUCUAUGAUGGCAAGGCAGGAUGGGUUGACGAGGGGAGAGCGGUGGAUGGUGUCUACCUCAGCUUCAUCAAGGCUUUUGAUACGGUCUCCCGCAACAUCCUCGUAGCCAGGAGGGCCAGUGGGAUCCUGGGGGCCAUCAGGAAGACUGUGACCAGGAAGUCAAGGGAGGCCAUCCUGUGCUUCCACUUGUCCCUGGUGGCUUUGGAUUGCUGUGGAGGCAGCUCUCAGAGGGAGGCCAUGGACAAUCUGCUCAGGAAGGCAGAUGAAGAGAAAACCCUGAAAGUGCAAGCGUCUGGGGGCUGUGAAAGCAUCCUUCCUGGACUCCAGCUUCUGCUGGACAGCUUGGUGGCAAGAACAAACAUCUCUGAUGGUAAAGGAGGUGGUGGUUUCGCCUUCCUUGUGUUGGCAGUGCAGGAGCAGCAGUCCUUGUCUGUCUCUGCUGUUUGGCAGCUGCUAAUGGCUGUGCAGGAAUCUGCAUCCCUGAAACUGUUAAUGAAGGAUAUCUCGAAACAACCCAGCUCAGAAUUUUUCUUCCUCACAAUGGCCAUCAGUGAGAGCACAGCCAUUGAAAUCAUCCUGUGCAUGGCAAGCUGAUCUUCAGCCAUCCAGCAAAGAGAGGACCUGAAGGGCUUGGAUUUGGGGGAGGCAGGGCUCAGAGAAGCAGUGAAAGAGUUUGGCAAAGUUGUGGAUGAUACAGAUGCAGAUAGCAAUUUAACUCCAGAAAAAGAAUGCAGAGCAAUAGACACAUGUCUCUUAAUUGAGGGAAGAGGGCAGAAACCUGGGAUCAGCAGGUAGAAGGUGAACAAUGAAUCCCUUGAAGUUCUGGACAAAGGUAAGGACAAGGAAGGAGGUGCCAGUGCCAAAGAAGCAAAGGAAUCCCAAGACAAAGCUUCUUCCAAGAAGAGUUUUGUCUGCAAAGCCUGUGAUAAGGUCUUUCACUUCUACUGCCACCCGAAGGUGCACAUGAAAUGCCAUCAGGUUGCCAGAGGAAAGCAGAUCCAGCUUAAAGAGUGUGGCGAGGUCAAAUUGACAAAGAAUGAGCUGGAGAAGCAUCAGCUGGAGGUCCACAGGAUGGUGGGGAUGGCCAAGAAGAAAAAGAAGAGACUCCCCAUGGCAUGUGACAUUGGAAGAGAGUUUGCUCAUGCCUCAGAUAGGGAUCAGUUGUCAGGGCUAUGUUAUCACAACAGGACUCACCCCCCUGAUGUCUUUGCAGCUCAGAAUCACUACUUCUCCAAGUUCUCCUCCCUGCGGUGCAGCUGCUGUGACAAAACCUUCACCAGCACUGCUGCUCACCAAAAACACGUCAAGGCAGAGCACACAGAUGUGAAGUUCCGUGAGUGUGAGUCAUGCAUGGAGCUGUUCCCCACACUGUCUCUCCUGCAGGUUCACAUGAAGUGCAGGCACUCAGGUUCCCAAACGUUGUGCUGCUCGCACUGCUUCAUGGCCUUGCUCCCUGGGGCCCUGCAGGGCCACGUCACCAGCCAGCACUUCACACAGAUAGACAGCACUUUCAUUGAUGAGCUCUUUCCCUCCCAGAGCAAGCUGGAGGGGUACCUCAGCACUGAGCAUCCCAAGGUGGCCUUCUCCCAAGCCACCACUGCCUACAUUGUGACGCAGACAUCGGAGCAAGGAGCAGCAGAACACAUAAUCUCUUUUGAUAAUGCCAGACUUGUGACGUUGCCCAAAUUCCAAGUGAGCCAAACUGGCUCUGAGGUGGUGGCAGUAACUAAGGAGAAGUUGUUUGAGACAAUCACUCUGAUGUGUGAAGAAAUCAAGUGA